UGGCUGGCAGAGGCACAGGCUCAGGUCCGUUUCCUGUCUGUGCGAAGUCCAUGGGGAUUCCAGGCACUGGCAGCCUUCUGUUUGCUUUGCUGAGCUCUUUGCUCUGUGGGGACCAGAAGCCAACAACUGAACUUACUGUGCAGGCUUCUCAGGGCCCUGGAGCUGCCUUGGGCCUCCUGUCACCCAGAGAGAAUGAAGACAGGGGCAUGGGCUGGGAGGGCGCUGGCAGAGGUGUUUCUCCUCGGCACUGCCCUGGGCUGUCUCAGUUUACCUGGCUCCAGAGGUGAAAAGCCAAUUUUCCUUGAGUCAAGUACAGCCAACAGGAGUUUGGCUAAGAGCAGACAGGUGCGGAGUGUGGACGUUGCCCCGACACCCAUCGACUGUGAAUUGUCCAGAUGGUCUUCCUGGACUGCAUGUGACCCCUGCCAGAAGAAAAGGUAUAGACACGCGUACUUGCUCAAGCCCUCUCAGUUCCAUGGGGAACCGUGCACCUUCCCCGACAAGGAAGUGGAAGACUGCGUUACCAGCAGGCCAUGCAGAAAUCAAGUGCGAUGUGAAGGCUUCGUGUGUGCACAGACAGGGAGAUGCAUAAACCGCAGACUUCUCUGCAAUGGGGACAAUGACUGUGGAGACCAGUCGGAUGAGGUGAACUGUAAAAGAAUUUAUAAGAAAUGCCAGCAUGAAAUGGAGCAAUAUUGGGCGGUUGACCGUCUGGCCAGUGGGAUAAAUUUGUUCGCCAACAGUUUGGAGGGCCCGGUUCUGGAUCACAGGUACUAUGCUGGUGGAUGCUCUGCCCACUACAUCCUGAACACGAGGUUCAGGAAGCCGUACAAUGUGGAAAGCUAUUCCACACAGACUCAAGGCAAAUAUGAAUUCACACUAACAGAGUAUGAGUCAUAUGCAGAUUUCGAACGCAAUGUCACAGAGAAAACAACUAGCAAAUCUAGCUUCAGCUUUGGUUUUAAAAUACCUGAAGUAUUUGAACUUGGCAUCAACGAGGAAACGGAUCAAGGCAGGCAUUAUAUUAGCAGAACCAAACGAUUCUCUCAUACUAAAAGCAAGUUUCUGCAUGCACGCUCGGACCUUGACGUGGCACAUUACAAGCUGAAGCCCAGAAGCCUCAUGCUCCACUAUGAGUUCCUCCAGAGAGUCAGGCAGCUGCCCCUGGAAUAUAGCUACGGGGAAUACAGAGAUCUCUUCCGGGACUUCGGCACCCACUACAUCACAGAGGCUGUUCUCGGGGGUAUUUAUGAGUACACACUUGUGAUGAACCAAGAGGCCAUGGAGCGAGCAGAUUAUUCCCUUAAUGACAUCCACAACUGUGCCAAAUAUGAUUUCCGAGUUGGUGGUGACAUCCGGGGAGUCUAUGUCAAACUGGGUGUGUCAGAAGACAAAUGUAGGAACAUUCUGAAUGAAAUAAAAGACAGGAACAAGAGGAGCACCAUGGUGGAGGACUUGGCCGUCCUUGUGCGGGGAGGGGCGAGUGAGCACAUCACCACCUUGGCCUAUAAGGAGCUGCCGACGGCUGAACUGAUGCAGGAGUGGGGAGACGCCGUGCAGUACAACCCAGCCAUCGUCAAAGUAAAGGUGGAGCCUCUUUAUGAACUGGUGACAGCCACAGAUUUCGCCUACUCCAGCACAGUGAGACAGCACAUGAAGCAGGCCCUGGAGGAGUUCCAGAGCGAAGUCAGCUCCUGCCACUGCACCCCCUGCCAUGGCAACGGAGUCCCUGUCCUGAAAGGAUCCCGCUGUGACUGCAUCUGCCCCCUUGGUUUCCAAGGCCCAGCCUGUGAGAUCACCAACCGGAAAAAUAUCCCCACUGAUGGGAAUUGGAAUUGCUGGUCCACCUGGUCUUCAUGCUCCAGAGGACUGAAAAUAAGACAAAGACAGUGCAACAAUCCAGUUCCGCACAAUGGGGGCAGCACCUGCUCUGGCCCUGCAUCAGAAAUGGUCAGCUGUUAGAGGAGAGAGUGCUUCUGGCAGAUGACACCACUAUGCGCUGCAGACAGCAUGGGCCUGGGGAUCCCUGGGCCUCGGCCCACCCCACCCCACUCCAGCUCCCACUGCAGCCAGCCCAAGGUAGAGGGCAGGGCCAUUCAGGCCUUUAGUUUAUAAAGUGCAUGAUGAUUUGAAUAAAUAGUCCGUUUAAAAUGUUGAUGUUCCCUAAGAGGACCUUAUAAAACUCACGUUGCCCACUCUAUACUUUUAUUUCACUCUCAUUUACUACUGGCCAAGAACUGUGCUGGGGUUGUUCAACAGGUAGUCCCACCAUCUAGGAGCAAUGACUCCAGUACAGUAGGUGCCUAAUAAUGAAGCAACAAAUGGAUAUGAAGUUGUUCUUUCUUUGAUGAGUGCAGGGUCAGGUCCAGCGAUUAUGGCAGCUCGCGUUUCGUGGAGAUCGUUAUGUGCCAGCCGCUGAUUCACUGUCUUGGUUCAUUCAUGGCCACCUCCCAAGACAAAUGCUCUUUCUUAUUAUCCCUACUAAAGAGCUGGGGAAACUGAGGCUUAGAACAGUUCAGAGACUUGUCCAAGGCUACACAGAAGGUGGGCAAGCUGGGCUGCACAUUUGGGCUCUAGAGGUUUAAACUCGUAGCUUUGAUGGUCCCCUGCCUUUCGGUGAAUCAGCAUCUGGAUAAUAAAGGAUUUUUCACAAAAUAAAAAGCAAAAGAAAGCA